AUGCUCCCUGCCCCGAGAUUCCUCACAACUGCCUGCUUGCUGGCUUCCUGCUUCAUCCCAGGCUCAGCGGUCAACGGCACAUCCGAGUCUUCUUGUGAGGGAGAGGCGUGCGAGGUAUCACACGACCUCUUGGCGAUGAUUCAGCGCUUGCGGCGCGAUGACCCAACUUAUGACGGGCUUACGAUCUCCAUACAUGUCUCAUCGACAGUGUCGACAAACGACGGCAGUGCAACGGUCUGGUGCCCGUAUUAUGACACUUCCAGGAAGCAGACUCCCACAAAUGCUUGGGUGCUGAUGUGCAUGACAGACCCUCCUGAUAGCGGAGACGGCGUGGAGUACACUAGCAACGACCGUGGAUUUCGUGGAUGCAAAGCAUUCUCCUCGGGAUCUUCCAUCAGAGCCGUCGCGGUGUGCAGCAACAUGCGAACCAAUGCGGUGCAAAGCGGUCCAUACAGCUACACAAAUCCCUUUACACUUCGCAUCGACGCUGGACACUACUUUCAGGAGGGGCUUGUCGAGGUGACCUGCGACAACGGGAAACGGCCCUAUGCCUGCCUCUGCCGAACCAAAUGGGGGCUGAAGUAUUGCCAGGGCUCGAGCCUCUUCGCGCCCGACGUCCACAACCGAAAAUGCACGAGGCAGGUGCCGACGGAUAUCGCACACCGCCGCCGCCGCUGUGUUGUGUGCCCGGGACCCACGGACGAUGAUUCAGAGGGCGCUUACGUCUUUGCCAUCUGCAUCGGGAAGAAUGAGGAGGUCGACUACCGGUACGCUUCAACCAAGUCGGGAGAUGAUGCGAUUUCCUCGAAGACCUGCAGCAGUGGCGAGGAGGCCUUGUUGUGCACCAGCCGACCCCAAAAUCGCGGAGAUGGUAUUACGGUCGGGCAGCAGUCGGGUAUGCCGAACUCCUGCAGGUCUCACUCAUCCGGUUCGCAGUCCUUAGCGGCAUCGGCUCUGUGCGGCCCUCCCAACAGCAAGCUUCGCCUGGUCACUUCGCCGUCCGACGGCACAUAUUCGAGAGAGGCCGAUCAAUGGAUCUAUGGAGCAAGUGGCUACGCCGGCGGCGUUCGUGGCUUGAGGUGCAAGUACCGAGCGCCAGGGGGCCACCGCCGCCGACGUGGCUCGGUACGGAGGCAGCUGGCGCUGAAACGAGUCACCGCCAGCUGUCCCAAGCACUUCGAGGCCCUGGCCAACGAGGUGACCUUGCUCCAGCAGCUGAAGGACAGCCACAACAUCAUCCAGGUGCUCGAUGCCGAGGUUCUGCCCGAGCGGCUUUUGAUUCACAUCGUCAUGGAAGAAGGGCAGAUGGAUCUGGGAAGGCUGCUCCAAGCCGAGGCGGACAUGACCCUUGGCGAGGUCCAGGUGCUGUGGAGGCAGAUGCUGGAAGCGGUUCAGGUCGUUCACCGCGAGAGGGUCGUCCACUCUGACCUUAAGCCUGGAAACUUCCUCCUCGUGAAGCAGAGCCUCAAGCUCAUCGACUUCGGCAUCGCCAAGAGGAUCGCAAGCAACACCACGAACAUUAGCCGCGAGUCCUCGGUGGGCACCAUCAGCUACAUGGCACCGGAGGCCGUGAAGCAGGGUGCGGUGAAGAUGGGCCGCCCUUCGGAUGUCUGGUCCCUGGGCAUCAUCCUGUACCAGAUGGUCUACAUGAAGGCCCCUUUUGCGCACCUAGACCCCAUGCAGCGGCUCUUCGCGCUAACGGACCCCGGCAUGGCCGUGGAGUUCCCGCAAGGCCACCGCUUCGAGAGCCACUCACAGGAGGCGAAGGAUUCCUUGCUCGACGUGUUGCAGAGGUGCUUGCAGCGAGAGCCGAGCAAGCGGCCCACGAUCCCCGAGCUUCUGGAGCAUCCCUUCCUGGUGUCGGAAACCAUUCAGCUGAGCCGGGCAAACUUCGAUCGUACCAUGGAGGCGCUUGUUCGGAGCUUUAUGGGCGCGGCGCAGGAGGCGAUAGAAUCUGCUGGAGGACCAUCAUCUGCCAACGCCGCAGAAGGCCCUCCAGUUUGCUGGCAGAUCCUGGCAGACGAGGCUUGGAAGCGCAUCUCAGAUGGCAAUGCCGGCUGGCAGGCCAAGGACCAGACCAGGGUCGAUUUCCCAGGGCUGGCACCGUUCCGCGAGUGGCUGGCGCGCGGCUUCAAGCGCCAGAAGGUUGCCGAAGCUCCGAAGGUCCCCGCACCGGCCGCCGCACCAAACGCCAAAGGCGCCGUGGCUGCAGCGGCUCCGCCACCCGCCCCGGUUCCCUCCUCGCGUCCGGGGCCAGGAACCAAGCCGCCGCAGAAGCCGGGCGAAAGGCGUGUGCCUUUGCAUCAGGCUGCCCCUCCUAACGCCAAGGGCGAUGGCGGGCGACCGCCCAUCCAUGCGGAGCUGCUCCAGAAGCAGCGAACCAACCUGCGAAAGGCUGCCGGGACUGGCGUCACUGUGGGGAAGGAGAACGUGGCGCCUCCCAGCAAGGACACGAAAACUGCCGGUUUUGCGGCAGAGAACCUGGUGCUCAAGCGCUUGAAGAACCGGCGUGCCCUCCUGGCGGACGAGAAGGCCGAGGACGACCAGACGGAUACCGAUUGGGGCCAUUAG